AAUCAACACAUAGUUUAUUUUAUGUUAAGUGGCCUAUUAAAGAAUCUCCCCAAACUGGAAUAUAUAUAUAUCAGUAAAUAUUGCCCUUUUACAUCCUUUCCCUUGAGCCGCCAUUUAGUGAUGGUCUUUGAGUUCCCUCAGAGAUCAGCUGACAGGAAGUGAUGCAGCUCUAACUGUAACAGGAAGUAGUGUGGGAGCAAAAGGCAGAACUCUGUUUACUCUUGCUGCUUGACACUUUCCAUCCGUUUGGUCCAUGGACCAAUCAGUUGGAGAGCCUACCAGAUCAGCAUAUAUAUGGCCGCCCUAAUACACCAUUUACAUUGGGUAAUUGUGACGGUUUUUGGUUGACGGGAAUUCACGGCAUUAGUAAAAUAAAAAUGUAUGUACUUCUCCAGUAGGUCUGGCUACAAACCAGGUAUACAUGUUUGUCUUGUUGCCUGAUCAUAUUUUUUCAAGUCAUUUCAUAGAACUGAACUUCCUCUCCAAAGCCACACAGGAAAUGUAAGUUCUGCCUCACCAUCGCCCCAUCUCAAACCUUUGCAGACGUACAACUCGGAUCAAGCAGCAAUGACAGCCUAUGGCGACUCUCUAAACACAGAGAGCUGCCGGACUACCUAGGAGCCUAUAGGAAACCAGGCACAGAUAGAUAAGUCUGCAGAGAGCAUUACAAACCAUACUUUGCCAUGGGAGAGUAAAGCACCGUAGAGACCUCGUCUUUGCUCCGAUUGAGAUGCACGGGUCUGUAAGGGCUGACACAGCAGCACAUCAUGGGCUCCCGAAUUAAGGAGAAUCCAGACAAGAUAUUUGAUGGCUUCUUUGAAGUUUUGCGACCCACGGCUUUGGACCAAGAGCCGGUGUUGCAAAUGCAGUUUCCUGAACAUUUCGAUGACCAGGAUUCUGUAACUACGCUAACAAGGUUCUGCUUCCCGUUUGAUGUUGAGAGAUGGGAGAAUCCAUCUGUCCAGCACUUCAGCUUUACACUGACAGAUCUCCUAGGCUAUCAACGCUUUGGGUUCUGCCGUCUGUCUGUUGGCUCCAGAAGCUGUCUCUGCAUCCUCAGCUGUCUCCCCUGGUUUGAGCAUUUCUACAAGCUUCUCAACAACGUUGCAGAAUAUCUAGCCAAGGAUCAGGCCGCUGAGAUAUGGCAUUUAUUACAAACUCUGUAUCAGCAUCCUGUGCCUCAAGCAAACACAGCGCUUAGCCCAGAAAUGCUUUCGUAUUUCAUUGCUCCUGACCCCACUCGACUUCCAUCAGUACCAGAGAAUAGAAAUCUUACAGAGUUCCUGGUAGCCGUUCAAGUGGACACCAUGCUGCAUUUAUAUUCCAGCCUAUUGUGUGAGAGAAGGAUUCUCAUUACCUCCAGCAAGCUCAGCACACUCACAGCCUGUGUCCAUGCCUCUGCGGCCCUCCUGUACCCAAUGUACUGGCAGCACAUCUACAUCCCCACACUACCACCCCAUCUGCUGGACUACUGCAGUGCCCCUAUGCCUUACCUGAUCGGAGUUCACAGUAGUUUGAUGGAGAAAGUGAACAUUAAGAGCCUGGAAGAUGUAGUCAUAUUUAAUGUGGACACAAACAACUUGGAGACUCCAUUCAAGGACUUGGACAAUCUCCCUCCUCACGUGGUGUCUCUCCUAAAGCUCAGACUCAAAAAGCAGUGUGCCGUCAUGGGUGAUGGGCUGUCCCAUGUCUUCCUUAAGGCUCAGGCUUUGCUCUUUGGAGGCUACAGAGAUGCCCUCGACUAUACCCCGGGGCAGCCGAUAUCGUUCUGCCAGGAGUCGUUUUUGAGCCACAAGUGCAGCGCGAUGAGAAGCUUCCUGCAGAACGCCGUUCAUCUCCAGCUCUUUACCCAGUUCAUAGACAGUCGAUUGGAGAAGUUAAACGCCGGGUUUGGAUUCACAGAUGUGUUUGAGCAGGAGAUUACCAACUGCGGCCUCUCAGGAAACUCAAAAUCCUAUCAGUUGUGGCUGGAAAACCUCAAGAAAGGGGGUGGUUCCCUCAUAAACAACGUAAAGAGUCGCACACACCCGGCUGUCAGGAACAUGCUGAGAUACGCCAAAGGACAGGCAAAGACAGGUUUACAGGGAAUGAGAUCCCGCAUCAAACAGAAGGACCUGCGUCAGCUCCAGCGCGGAGGCUCACUCCGUGGAGAGGGAGGAGCAACACAUAAUCACGAGAGGUUACAGAGCCGGCUGCCCAUCACUCAGCACUUUGGUCAUUCACGUCCCAGGAGGCCGGGGAAGAAGUAUUCUGAUAGCGACACGUGGGACAGUGAAAGUAACCCCCAGGCUGAGGGAAGAGUCGAGACCACCCCCACGCCCGCGGCUGAAGACGACUUCCCACUCUUCCAAGAAGAAGAGGGUAUGGACUUGCUGGAGGAAAUCUUUGAGACGUUGAACACAAGAGCGCCUGGCGAGGAACGGGCACUGUAUGGGACCCGCAGCCUGGACUUCUUCAAUCUAGAGGACAGCCAGUACUUCACACGAUUCCAGUCUAUAAACCCCACGAGUGAUGAAGACCUCAGUAUGAGCCAGCCCAGGGACUCCAGCCUUUGGUACCUGCAGGAGGAAGACGAGGAGCCCCCUGGAUUCUCCAGCGAGUCCCCAGAAGUCACUUCCCUGUCCUCAGAGCCUCUGACUCCAGAGAUCGCCUCGCUCAAUGCAGAGUCACUAACGGCCGAAGACACUUCACUGCCCUCAAAGGCGGCACCUCUUCCUGGCGAUAUUAAAUCCGCAGCUACGCCGCCCAUCUUGGAUUCGCCAACCACAAACAACAUGGACGACGUAACAGAGAGCAGUUUACCGAAACCCCCAAACCCACAGGUGUUAUCAGUAACCCCUACGGUGCAAACACAUACCCAGGAGACUACUGUACCCGCCGUGCCAGAGUCUUUAAUGCCACCCAGCACAGAAGAAGAAAGCCAGCCUGCAACUAGCCAGCCUGCAACUGGCCAGCCAGCCAGCCGGUGCUGCAAGGGGAAGAGAGAAAGUGGCGGCGUUGCACCCAGUGUGUCAGGCCCCAGCGUUCGCGCAGCGAUAUCUCGCUUCCAGACAUUGGAUCUGGACCCUCGGAUGACAUGGAGAGGAAAUAGGAGGGCGGAAAAUCCACCCCAGAGAGUGAUAAGUUGGAAUGACCAACAGCUACGAGCCAACAGCCCAAAUGCUAUCACCAAAGAGAGCACCCAGUCAAAUAACAUCCCCGCAGCCGAUACCAAAAUAGGCAUUAAUGCCCCAAAUUUAGACAAUAUAUCAACCCCACAACCAGAUGGCGUUCACUCCCAUAAGGUCUCCGAGCUGAAGAAAAGAUUUGAGGCCUAAGAUACUGGCAAUCGGCUAAAUUAAAGAGGGCUACCCUGACGGAGGCUACCCUGACGGAGGCUACCCCUUCUCCCCACCUACAGCCCUAUGGCGAGACCCCCUCUAGCGCUCUGCAAGUUUUAGGGCCCUGGGAAUGUCAAGGUCUCUCUACAGUUUAAAAUCCAUGAUGGCUACUUUCCCUGAACUGCCUACAGUUACAUAAGCACCCCACUGCCCAUAGGGGGAGGAACAGCCUCCACAUUUCAUGACAAUUUAUAAUAUACUGUAAAGUAUGUGCAGUGGUUUUCUGACAACAGCCUAUUGCAUAUAAAGAACAAUAUAAACUUCACAAUAUA